AUGGAAUCGGACAGUCUGCUGGGCAACAGUGUGAACGGAGCCUCCGGGCAGUAUGGAUCUGGCUCUGGCUCUGGCUCUGGCUCCGGGUCCGGGUCGGGCUCCAGGCACGGAGGGGCCCCGGGUAGCAGACGGAUGUCGUACUCUGUGGCCGGACAGUCGUGCAAUGUGGAGGGAGACGCAGAUGAUGACCUCUACAUCCAACAAGCUGUUGUAUUCAUUGAGGACGCCAUACAGUAUCGAUCCAUCAACCACCGGGUGGAUGCCAAGUCACUCCGCCUUUAUCGAUGGUACUACUCAAGGAUAUGCCAGUGGGGUUUGGGCCUGACUAUUGCUGUGCUGUUGUUACUGGCUUUCGUGGAGCGCCCUUCCUCCCUGUCUAUCACCUCGGAUCCUCACUAUCGCCUCUCUCCGCCCUGGGAGCCUCCUUGCGGCCUCACAGAGAGCAUCGAGAUAGUCUGCCUCCUCAUCUUCUCUCUCGAUCUCGCCGUCAAGAGCUAUUUAAUUGGAUGGGAGGAAUUCAGGAAGAACAAAUGGCUGAUCGGCUACACUGUGGUCAUUUCAAUCUCUGUAAUCGACUGGGUGCUGUCUGUCAGCAUGGUGUGCGAUGAGAAACUGAGAGUACGGCGACUCAUCCGGCCGUUCUUCCUCCUGCAAAACUCCUCUCUGAUGAAAAAGACGCUCAAAUGCAUCAAGAGGACUCUUCCAGAGAUUGCCAGUGUCAUCCUGCUGCUGGCACUUCACCUCUGUCUCUUCACUAUGAUCGGCAUGCUUCUGUUCGCUAAAACGGAGGAACCAGAGAAGAACGAGGAGUGGAGGCUUCAUUUCAGAGACCUGCCCAGCUCCCUCACCUCUCUGCUGGUGCUGCUCACAACAGCCAACAACCCGGACGUAAUGAUCCCCGCCUACACCCUCAACAGAGGCUACGCCAUUUUCUUCAUCACCUUCAGUGUCAUUGGAACGUACUGUCUUAUGAACUUACUGACAGCCAUCAUCUAUAACCAGUUCAGAGGGUAUUUACUGAUGUCGGUCCAGACCUCUAUCAUCAGGAGGCGGCUGGGGAUCCGAGCUGCUUUCCAAAUCCUCAGCUGCCAGGGAGCUCAACAGGCUGCUGAGGAGAAUGUGCGUGUUGAUGCGGUGCUGCAGGUGAUGUCCAGAGUCAAGAUGAAGAGCUACUACCAAACGGCCAUCACUACGGAGGUGCAGCAGCAUCGCAGUGUGGGCUUCAUGGACAGAGAGCAGUUUAGGAAGAUAUUUGAUCAACUAGACAAAGACUGCAUCAAAGAGCAUCCUCCCUUGCCCCAUUACAACUCUCCAGUCCUACAGAGGCUACAGGUGUUCUUCAGUCACUACUAUCUCACUAUACUUGGCAACGCGGUGGCACUGGCUAAUGUCAUGUGUAUCUGUACUGUCCUCGUGCUAAAUUCUGAGAAGUCCACAGCAGAGAGAGACAACUUCAUCAUGGAGAUCAUCAACCUAUGCUUCAUCCUCUACUACCUGUUUGAAAUGUGUGUGAAGAUCUUUGCGUUUGGCUGGAGAGGAUAUCUCUCCUACAGGAACAACAUCUUUGAUGGCUUCCUCACCAUCCUGCUACUGGUCCUGCAGAUCACUAUAUAUGUCACCUACAGGCUUCCUUAUUCUCACUGGGACCCGUCUGCUCAUGGUGUGAUGUCACUGUGGGAAAUGGUUCGAUUGGUCAACAUGCUGAUUGUCUUCCGCUUCCUGCGCAUCAUCCCAGACAUCAAGCUCAUGGCUUUGGUUGCGAGUACACUGCUGGACCUGGUGAAGAACCUCCGAGCCUUUGCAGGGAUCCUGGUGGUGGUGUACUAUGUGUUUGCUGUGUUUGGGAUCUGGCUGUUUGAAGGAGCCAUUAAACCACCUUCACAGAUGAGUGUAAUCUCCAAUACGACCAUGGAGAACAUCACCACUAACUUCACCAUGGAGUGUGGCACCUAUGAACAGCUGGGCUACUGGCCUAACAACUUUGAUGACUUUGCUGCCGCCAUCAUUUUGCUCUAUGAUGUGAUGAUAGUCAAUAACUGGCAGGCCUUCAUGGAUGCGUACAGCAGAUACACCACAGAGUGGGCAAAGAUCUACUUUGUGUGCUGGUGGCUCACCUCCUCUGUCAUGUGGGUCAACUUGUUCGUGGCGCUCAUCUUAGAGAACUUCAUCUAUAAGUGGGACCGCAGUCACAGCUGCUCUGUUACAGAUGUGGAGAGGAUCAGAUAUGAAACUUCUGUUCAGCUCAUGUUUAAAGAGCAGAUCCAGGAGCCGACAGAAGAGGAAUUACUUUGUCAGCUACACCAGCAUCCACACCUACACUGGUGACACACACACAAACCAGCACACACAGAGAACAUCAGCACCUGUCGGCAGGAAAAAGUCAGACUCUGAGACUUUGCUGUUGAAGCUUUAUGAGAGUCUACUAUGAGAGGUCAAUAUCACAACAAUCUGCUUGUAUUUUAUUGUGAUUGUGUAUUAUUGUACUACUGAAAGCAGUAGAAAGCACAUGUUUUUAUUUGUCAUGUUGUUUAUUGAGUCAAGUCUGACUGGU